AUGGUCUCGGAGAGUCAGUAUCACCCGAACAAGUACACUUUCCCUUUCCUCAUCAAGGCGGCUUCAGAGGUCUCGUCUCUGUCUCUGGGUCGAUCCCUUCACGGGAUGGCGGUUAAGUCAGCGGUUAAUUGCGACGUCUUCGUCGCGAAUUCGUUGAUACAUUGCUACUUCUCUUGCGGGGAUUUGGAUUCGGCUUGUAAAGUGUUCACUACGAUACAAGAAAAAGACGUUGUAUCUUGGAAUUCGAUGAUUACUGGGUUUGUGCAGAAAGGUUCUCCGGAUAAGGCUUUGGAGCUGUUUAAGAAGAUGGAGUCAGAGGAUGAUGUUAAGGCAAGUCAUGUGACAAUGGUUGGUGUCUUGUCUGCUUGUGCGAAGUUGCGGAAUCUUGAGUUUGGGAAGCGGGUUUGUUCUUAUAUAGAAGAGAACAGGGUGAACAUGAGCUUGACGUUGGCUAAUGCGAUGCUUGAUAUGUACACAAAGUGUGGUAGCAUAGAGGACGCGAAGAGGCUGUUCGGUUCAAUGGAGAAGAAAGAUAACGUCACAUGGACAACAAUGCUUGAUGGGUACGCGAUUUUGGAAGACUACGAAGCAGCUAGAGAUACGGCUUUGCGGAAGAUCGGAUCUCCGCAGUAUGACAUUCACUAUUGGCUGGGGAAUGAUGCAAUUGAGGCGGACUCAACUUUAGCAUCUGACAAGGCACUAGAGUUAGAUGCAGCACUUGGAUGUUGUACGGUGCAAUACCGUGAAGUUCAAGGUCAAGAGACGGAGAAGUUUCUCUCCUACUUUAAGCCUUGUAUCAUACCUGUUGAAGGAAAGUACUCGCCACAAACUGGAUUCGCUGGCGAGACAUACCAUGUCACUUUGCUAAUGUGCAAAGGAGAUCAUGUUGUUCGUGUUAAAGAGGUGCCUUUUCUUCGGUCAUCACUGAACCAUGAUGAUGUGUUUGUUCUCGAUACUGCAUCAAAAGUUUUUCUCUUUGCUGGCUGCAACUCAAGCCCUCAGGAAAAAGCUAAAGCCCUUGAGGUUGUGGAGUAUAUUAAGGAUAACAAGCAUGCUGGAAGAUGUCAGGUGGCGACUAUCGAGGAUGGAAAGUUCUCAGGUGACUCAGAUGCUGGUGAAUUCUGGUCUUUCUUUGGUGGUUAUGCUCCUAUCCCCAAGUUUUCAUCUUCUACUGCUCAAGAACAGGCUCUAGCUACAUGUGCAAAAUUGUUCUGGAUAGAUACUCGGGGAAAUAUACACCCAACUGGAACAACUUCUUUGAACAAAGAUAUGCUUGAAAAGAACAAAUGCUACAUGCUGGAUUCCGACAGCGAAGUGUUUGUUUGGUUGGGAAGAAACACAUCACUCACAGAAAGGAAGACAUCCAUUUCUUCCUCAGAAGAUUUUCUACGAAAGGAGGGACGCUUCACUAGCACAAGCCUAGUACUUCUAACAGAAGGAUUAGAAAACGCUAGAUUCAGGUCAUUCUUUGAUAAAUGGCCUCAGAUUAUGGAGUCCAGCCUUUACAGUGAAGGUCGAGAAAAAAUGGCAGCGAUGUUCAAACGGAAGGGAUAUGAUGUUGAGGAGCUUCCUGAUGAAGAAGAUGAACCUCUUUAUACAAACUGCCGAGACUCUCUGAAGGUUUGGCGUGUAGAUGGUGAUGAGGUCUCGCUUCUCUCUAUUCCUGACCAGACAAAGCUAUUCGACGGGGAUUGCUAUAUUGUGAAGUAUAAAUAUACUUACAACGAAAGAAAUGAGUAUCUAUUAUAUGUAUGGAUAGGUUGUGAAAGCAUGGAGCAAGAUAGAACUGAUGCCAUAUCCAAUGCUGGUGCCAUUGCUGCUUCAACCAAGGGUGAAUCUGUAAUGGGAAACGAACCUGCUCGUUUUUUUUCAGUGUUCCAGUCGCUGGUAGUCUUUAAGGGUGGUUUGAGUAGACGGUACAAAACGUUUCUAGUAGAGAAUGGAAACAAAGCUGAAAUAUCUAACGAGAGCAAGGCUUCUCUUUUCCGUGUUCAAUGGACAAGCCCAGGGAACAUGCAAGCAAUUCAAGUUAAUCUAGUGGCAAACAAAGAUCUUCCUCUCCAGGCAGCAAACUCCUUGAACUCAUCCUACUGUUACAUUUUACAAAAUGGAGCUUCUGUAUUCACUUGGAUUGGGAAUCUUUCCACAGACUCUGAUCAUGAUGUUCUUGACAGAAUGCUUUACUUCCUUGAUACGUCUUGGCAACCAAUAUCCAUGAGGGAAGGAAAUGAACCAGACACAUUUUGGGAUUUGCUUGGUGGGAAGUCCGAGUACCCAAAAGAAAAAGAAAUGAGAAAACAAAUAGAAGAACCACAUUUAUUUACAUGUUCCUAUAACUCAGAUGUACUCAAGGUGAAAGAGGUAUACAAUUUUGUGCAAGACGAUUUAACUACUGAAGAUGUGUUACUGCUGGAUUGCCAAACUGAAGUGUAUGUUUGGAUUGGAUUAAACUCCGACAUAAAGUCGAAGCAACAAGCUCUUACUCUUGGUCUGAAAUUCCUAGAGAUGGACAUUCUGGAGGAAGGUUUAACCGUGUUGACUCCUGUAUAUGUUGUCACAGAAGGCCACGAGCCACCAUUUUUCACCCGUUUCUUUGAGUGGGUUCCUGAAAAGGCAAACAGACAUAGUGGAAGCCCAUGGAGAUCACAGUCGAAGGAGAACGCAUCACGUGAUUCACGAAGUCGAUCUGUGAGCUCAAACGGAUCAGAGCGAGGAGUAUCACCUUGCUCCAGCGAAACUGUUUCAACUUUGAGAUCUGCAGAGGACAGAAAAAGCAUCAGCAACUCCACUCCAGUUGUCAAAAAGCUUUUCUCAGAGUCUCUUUCAGUAGGAACUAGUAACGGAAACUCCAAUUCAAGCAGAUCUAAAGAGAAAGGAAUCAAUCUCGAUCUUGGUCAAGAGUCACUUGCAUAUUCAUACGAACAGCUUAGAGUUGACUCUCAAGAGCCACUGAAAGAUAUAGAUGCCACAAGAAGAGAGGCGUACUUAACAGAGAAAGAGUUCGUAGAAAGAUUUAAAAUGGCAAAACCUGAGUUCUACGCACUUCCAAAAUGGAAACAGAACAAACUCAAAAUGUCUCUUCAUCUUUUCUAA